GCAGCUUCGGCAAACAUCGGCAUCCGUCGUUAAUGAUACUCGAUCAAGGAUGGAGGAAGAGGCACGCAAGCUUCUCGAGGAAGGAAUAAUAAAGAAAGUGGUCAGCCCUGGUAGAGGGGAGCUAUCUACAUUUCCCAAUGGAACCAAGGUGGUCUUCCACUACCGCACCAGCCUGUGUGAUGGCAAAGUGCUGGAUGACUCCAGAACCAUGGGGGGCCGCAGCAAACCCAUGGAGCUCAUCUUGGGCAAGAAGUUUAAACUAGCUGUGUGGGAGAGAGUGGUCAUCACCAUGAAACAAGGCGAAUUGGCAGAAUUUACCUGCGACACUAAGCACACAGCACUUUAUCCGCUUGUGUCCCAGUCCUUGAGAAACAUCAGUGCUGGUAAGGAUCCCCUGGAGGGCCAGAGGCACUGCUGUGGCAUUGCUCAGAUCCACUCCCACCACUCUCUGGGGCACAAGGACCUGGAUGAGCUUCAGGCCAAUCAGCAGCCUCUUGUCUUCUCCAUCGAGCUGCUGGAGGUUCUGCCACCAGGAUCUUUUCAGCUUGAUGUGUGGGCUAUGACGGACGAGGAGAAACUCAAGCUUGUGCCUCAGAUCCAUGAGGAGGGCAACAUGCUUUUCAAAAAGGGCCAAAUUAAGGAAGCCACAGAAAAGUACUACAAUGGCAUUGCCUGCCUCAAAAAUCUGCAGAUGAAGGAGCACCCUGGGGAUGAAUUGUGGGUGAAGUUGGACCAUAUGAUCACGCCGCUGCUCCUCAACUUUUGCCAGUGCAAGCUCCUCCAGGGGCAGUACUACGAAGUCAUCGAACACUGCUCAGCCAUACUCUUCAAAUAUGAGGACAAUGUAAAGGCCUUCUACAAGCGAGCUAAGGCCCACGCUGCAGUGUGGAAUGAGGUAGAGGCACGAGCAGACUUUGAUAAGGUGUUGGAGCUGGACCCCUCUCUGGGACCAUCUGUUGCCAAGGAGCUGAAGGCCAUGGAGGAGAAGAUCCGCACCAAAGAGAAAGAGGAAAAGGGACGCUACAAAGGGCUGUUCAACUACAACGCAAGACCAGCCACUGCCACCACGGGUUGAAUCUUACAGUGGGAUCAAGAGGACGCCUGUGAAUUUCAUGAUUGGAGGAGAAACAGUGCUUACUGCUGUUUAAGAUUUUAUCCAUGCAUCCAAGCCAAAAACUGUUGCCAGUCAGCCCUCCAUGGAACACACACAAAUAUUUGCAGAGGAAUCAGAUCAGAUACACGCAAAGUCAUGCAUAUAUACUAAGGAGCGAUUUGCAUUGCUGCCUUAUUCCUUUUCUCAAAGUAAUAUUAAGUUCCAUGAUUAAAGCAGGCUGAGAUUAUGAGAUUGACUUACUUGAAAGUCCAAAAUCCCAGGAAUGCUCCGGCAAACAUCAUCAUUUUAGAACGUCAUACUUUCCAAUCGAUACUAAUCUUGUUUGUUCUUUACUUGGCCCAUUAUGGCUUCUGAAAUGUCAGCACUCUUGGUAAAUAACUUGCGCACAGUAAAGAGCUAUUACCGACAGCAUGUUAUCCUUUUUACAGGAUUUAUUUUUUAUUUUUAAACAAAUAGUUAAGAAUUUUUAUGUUGUCUUGUUUUCCCUGAAAUAUGAGCACCGCUGUUUUGAAGAUCCUAAAAUGAUUUGGAAUUGUAGGAGAUUCCAAAGGAUUCCCCAAAAAACGUCAUGUCCUCUUGUGCUCACAUCUGCCUUCCACGCCAGAUCCCCUCUUUGAUGGUGACACUGGGAGCACUGAGGAGACCAUGAUUCGGGUUGAUGUGACCAGGAAACCAAGAUGUCUUGCGACAAUCAUUAUAAAACACCCCAAGGACUUGUCUUAUAUUCGCUUUUAUCUUUGUACUUAGUUCAUUAUGUAAGAACGAUACCAUCACAUUGUUUGUCAAGAUGCACUCAACAAAG